UAGGAAGGGGCGUGGCUUCACUCGGUCGCCACAUUGGAAUGGAGAUUGUCCUGUCUUGUUAUGGAAAGCUCUGGAACUUUCCACGCUGUUUAAAUUGAAAUAUAUCUCGGCUGCGUCGCGGAGUUGAAACAGGGCGAUCGAGCGAGAGGACAAACACUUUGUACUUCUUGAAAGGACUGGCUGCCGGGCGGUCAGAAUGGGGAAAGACUACUACGACAUUUUAGGCACGAAGAAAGGCGCCUCGGAGGACGAAAUCAAGAAAGCUUAUCGCAAGCAGGCGCUCCGAUAUCAUCCCGACAAGAACAAGUCGCCGGACGCUGAGGAGAAAUUUAAGGAAAUCGCCGAAGCUUACGACGUGCUGAGCGACCCCAAGAAAAGGGACAUUUACGAUCGCUUUGGUGAAGAAGGUCUUAAGGGUGGUGGGCCGUCAGGUGGCGGUGGCGGUGGCGGUGGCGGUCCAGGCAACUUCAGCUACUCCUUCCAAGGUGACCCACAUGUGAUCUUCUCCGAGUUUUUCGGUGGACGAAAUCCUUUUGAGCAGUUCUUCGGCGGGCGCAAUGGCAUGGACGACAACAUGGACGCUGAUGACGCUUUUGGCCACUUUGGAAUGGGCGGCAGCGGCUUCCCCCGCUCCUUCAGCUCCGGUAUGGGAGGCUUCGGCGGCCACAGUAGCGUCGUGAAGAAGCAUCAAGACCCCGCUGUCGUCCAUGAGCUGCGUGUGAGCUUGGAGGAAGUGCUUUCUGGCUGCACAAAGAAAAUGAAGAUCAAUCGCAAAAGGUUGAACUCUGAUGGGCGAACUCUGAGAACAGAGAGUAAGAUCCUGGAGGUGGAGAUAAAGAAGGGAUGGAAGGAAGGCACUAAAAUCACAUUUCCUAAGGAGGGGGAUGAAACUCCAACAAACAUUCCAGCGGAUGUGGUCUUUCUGCUGAAGGACAAACCGCAUGCAGUGUUCAAGCGUGACAACUCAGACAUCAUUUACGUUGCCAAGAUCACACUCCGAGAUGCGUUGUGUGGCUCCACAAUCAACGUACCCACCCUGGAAGGCAAAGUGGUCCCAGUGACGACAACACAGGUGGUGCAGCCUGGGAUGAAGCGGCGCAUUAGCGGUGAGGGAUUGCCUUAUCCCAAGCGCCCUGACCGCCGAGGGGACCUGAUCGUGGAAUAUGAUGUCAAGUUCCCGGAUAGGCUUAGUCACAGCGCUCGGGACACCUUGGCCCAGGUUCUCCCUCGUUCGUAAACAAGUCAUACUGGACUCAAAAAUUCCCUUUAAUUACUCCUUAAGAUGCCAAUUGUAUGUUAUUUCUUUGUCUUGGAGUUGAGUCUUGGGAUGCUAAAACCUGCUCACCCAUAUUGUAAAUGCCACAAUGGAAACCAUUACCGUAACAGAUUGUAAAUAUAACCAAUAUGGUUUGGUGUUUAGUUUUAUUAUUGAGAUUAUAUUUUGAUGAUAUAUAUGAGUAUAUAUACUUGUUUAGGGGGCUGUUACAAAAACAUUGUAUUAACAACAAUAAAAUAUUCAAUACACCAUGAAAA